UGUGGAAUGGAAUGAAAGAAAAGACAGUUGCCAUAACCUAUAAUGGAAUAAAGAAUAAAAUAUUUUAGUCUGAGUCAUUCAAGAAUUCUGUUGGGUAAGCAGAGGAAGGCUUAUAUUUAAAGUUACUAAAUAUCUUUUUCGUGGAGGAAUACCAGUUUACUGAGUGAAAUAAAUAUCUAUCAAGUAGUUUAUUUAAAAAGAGAUAACUACAAUGGGUUGGACCAAAUAUCAAGUCAUACUGGCAGUUAUAAUGGUCAUUACAGGAUCAUUAAAUACAUUGACAACUAAGUGGGCAGAUAAGCUGUCGGCACCCGGUGAGGAUGGAGUUGAUAGAAAAUUUAAUCAUCCAUUUGUUCAGUCUUCUACAAUGUUUUUGGGAGAAGCCUACUGUUUGCUUGCCUUCAAGAUUGCUCUUUUCAUUCAAAUUUAUAGACAAAGACAAGGCAAUUCUCUGGAGGAAAGCACCAUCACUAGGGGUAAUCAAGAGUUCAGCCCAUGGAUCUUCCUUCCACCAGCAGUUUGUGAUAUGAUAGCAACCUCUCUCAUGUACAUUGGACUUAACUUGACCUAUGCAUCAAGUUUUCAGAUGUUAAGAGGUUCUGUGAUUGUAUUUGUGGCACUUCUAUCAAUUGCAUUUCUGGAGCGCCAGAUUGGAUGGAAGCAAUGGACUGGAAUUGUUCACAUAGUGCUUGGUCUCUUCCUUGUUGGACUGGCUGAUAUUUUUGUCAAAUCCAGUGACAAUAAUGACACAAAUGGAAUAAUUACAGGUGAUCUCCUUAUAAUCAUGGCACAGAUUAUAACGGCAACACAAAUGGUUUACGAGGAGAAGUUUGUAAGCUCCAAAGAUAUAAAUCCACUUCAAGCUGUUGGAUGGGAAGGCAUAUUUGGAUUUGUGAUAUUGGGUUUUCUGCACAUCCCAUUCUACUACAUAUCAGUCCCUCCACCAUUCUCCAGCAAUUCUCGUUCUACUCUAGAAGACAUACCUGAUGCUUUGGUACAGAUGUGGAACAAUAAAUUGAUCAUUGUAGCUUUGUUGGGUACGGUUGUCAGCAUUGCUUUUUUCAAUUUUGCUGGUAUCAGUGUAACCAAGGAGCUAUCUGCCACUACUCGCAUGGUACUGGACUCUGUGCGCACUCUUGUCAUAUGGGUUGUGUCACUGAUGUUGUCUUGGCAAGGUUUUCACCCUCUCCAGGUUGUUGGGUUCAUUUUCUUGUUGGCUGGAAUGUGUGUGUACAAUGACAUGCUGCCUUCUCUGGCCUCCAUAAGACAACGUCUGCGAGGCAACGGUGGGCAGGAGCCUCUCAUAGAGACAGAAGACCAGCCUUAGUGCCCACGACAUGUAGUUGCAGUCAUAUUAUGUUACUAGUUCUGUAAGUGGUUGUACUUGAUUGGUCCAUCUGUGCAGACAGACUGAUUAAGUAAAAGAUCUACAUAUAGCCUAUUAUAGUUUUAUAUCGUGGGAUAUUUAUUAUGUAAUCCUUAACUAUAAAAUAAUAUUGUGAUUUUAGCUGUAAGCCUUGAAAAAUAAUACUAAAGUGUGUUACAAAAUACCCUGUGGUAAGUGCAUUUUACUUUUGUUUGUAGCAUGUUAAGUUUUAUGUUUUUGAUGUAACUAGAAUAGUAUAAACUCCCUGUUGUUUUUCAAUAGCAAUGUUUAAUUUGUAGGUAAUUUGUUUAUUUCAAUAUGACACAGUGGAACAAUUAAGAUAGUUUAAGAUUGGUACAGCAUGUUGUAAAGAAUUAGAGAUGUAAUACAGUUGAAGAAAGACAUUAUACAUCCAUUUACUAUUUUGAA